UCCUCCAAGAUGGCGUGUCGAGUGGUGACAGUUGCUGGCACCAUCGAGGAGGGAUAUUCAGAUGGACCCGGUCACGAGGCACGUUUCCAAAACCCUCUUGAGAUGACCUUGACGGCAGAUGGCAGUUUGUUGGUUGCAGACUACGGCAAUCAUUGUAUCAGACAGAUCGAUCAGUACGGUAUUGUCUCAGGCUACGCAGGUUGUCCCGGAAAAACAGGACGUACAGAUGGUCCUAAAAGCUCUGCUUUAUUUAACGGCCCAAUGGGGCUUUGUAUCACUAGAGAUGGCAGCGAGAUUGUUGGGGACUCAGGCAAUAACGUAAUUCGAAAGAUUAGCACUAGCGGAAUUGUAAGCACUUUGAUUACAUCUCCAACAGCUUCUUCAAAACGAGCAUCUGCAUACUCGUCUUAUCGUUUGUCGACGGCUGGCCCUUGCUCUUCUAUUAGAGUGUGCACUAAUUUGAGCAACGGCAACAGCAGCAACGACGACGGUGAUGGCGACAGGGAUGAUGAUGAUAACGAGUUUUUGUACGUUUGCCACGGGUUGAACCUUCUGAAGUUUGACUUAUCAACUGGUUGCAACAUAAGUACGGUACUGAUGUCACCACAGCCAUCACCGGUUUUCAGUGGGGCCAGUACUCAUAUACAAUCUAUGACAUGCGCAACCAGUAUGGAACAAACUUCUUUAUUUGUAGCUGAGAGAAGUGGUGGAAGAGUGUUGAUGGUUACUGAAGAUAACAAAUCUACCACAAUGGCAGCUAGCUCAUGGGAAGACCUAGACAAAAGUGUCGUUAAGGUGUUGGGUGACGGACUUUCAGGAGUAGCUGUUGACGACUACGGAUAUAUGUACAUUUCAAACCUUAAUGUCAAUUACAUUGCCACAAUAAGCCCGAGACUUGCAGGAGGAGUGUUGGCUGGUCAAGAUAAGUCGGGCAUAAGUGACGAAAUUGCAACAAAUGCACUCUUUGGAAAAAUUUCUCGUCUAUUUUACGAUUCUGAUUCCCACUGUCUGUACGUUUCUCAAAGACAUAGUAUCAGGAAGGUAAUAUUACCAAUGAGACCGUUGGCUCCAGAGCAACAGCGUAUACUACAACGUGUGAGGAAAGUCACUGAUGAAGGCAUUGGAACAGACGUGGUGUUUCAUGUAGAUGGAGAUACUAGAAAGAUAUACGCCGUUACAUCUUUACUGUGCGCAAACUCAGAAUACUUUAAAGCUAUGUUCAACUCGUCAAUGAAAGAAUCAACAGUGGCAGAGACGAAGCAACCAAUUGUAGUGAAAUCUACCAGUUACGAAGCCUUCAGGGCUGUAAUUACGUGGGUUAUGUAUGGAGUCGAAAUCGUUUGACCUGAAACAAGUAGCAAAAUUGUUAGCGAUGCGUUACGUCUUGCUGAUUCUUAUCUUCUUGCCAAAAUGAAGAAAACUUGUGCAGCACUUCUAAUGAGAAGUAUCGAUGAUACGAACGUUUUCGAGAUUAUGGCGCUUGCAGAAGCAACAAAUGUCAUAUUUCUGAAAGCAGAAUGUAUUACGUUCGUUGUGAAAAACCUGACAGAAAUGAGAAAACGUCCGGAGUUUAGACAGCUUUCUCCAGAGAUAGUAAUGACUAUUGUACAACAAGUCAAAGUUGACUGAUUACUACUUAGGGUGGUAACUGCACUAUCUUAUUGCAUGCACUUGCAUGCCAUAAAUCGUUUGAAUGUUUGCUAUGUCCAGUAUAUGGGUGUUGCUACUAUAGUAUUUUCAGGUAUGCAUGCAAUAACUGCAGUGGUUUGUAUUAGUGUUUAGCUGAAGCUGUGUUUCACUUUCGCUUCUCUAGACAGCCAUAUAA